AUGACCGACGGGGCAGACACCAAUGGCGUUGGCUCUGACCGCAAGAAGAUGCCCUUUUUCCAUCGCUCUCAGGAGCGGCCCAUCGCCCGCCGGCGCGCCGCGACGGUUCAAUGGCAUCGCAUCAUGCGGUCUCUGCUGUACCUGCUCGCCUGGAUCUUCCUGGUACUCGUCUGCAUCGGCAACCUCUCCGACAAGCCUGUUCUGCGGAGCACGUAUUUCCUUUAUCUCGACUUGGCCGACAUCAUCCCACUGUCGGUGCCAAAUGCUGUCCUAAUCAACUCCAUCGCCCGGUCAAUUGGCCUGCACGACUUUUACCAGGUCGGCCUGUGGGGCUUCUGUGAGGGCUACAACAACAACGGCAUCACCAGCUGCUCCAAGCCCCAGUCGCUGUACGCAUUCAACCCGGUCAAGAUUAUUCUGAACGAACUGCUUGCCGGCGCCAGUAUCGCCCUUCCCAGCGACAUUGAGGAACCCCUCAAUUUGGCCCGAAUCGCGUCCCACUGGAUGUUCGGCCUCUUCAUCGCGGCUGCUGUGCUCAACUUUGUCAUGAUUUUCCUCAGCCCACUCGCCGUCUCGUCACGGCCUCCGCAGACCAUCAAGCUCUGGGCUUCCGCCGCAGCCACCGACGGCAAUAUCAGCCUUGCCGGUCAGCCCCCACACCGUCGGCGCACCUUCGUCUGCUUGCGCUCUUUGCCAUUCCUUUUCCUGACUUUCAUCACUGCUCUAAUCACUAUCGUCGCGUCUGCUGUCGCAACCGUCAUGUUCGAGAUCUUCGCGAACGUCUUCACCAAUGCCGAUCCGAGCCUGAACAUCCACGCUCACGUUGGCACCCAGAUGCUCGCAUUCAUGUGGGUCGCGUCCGGCUUCAGCUUGAUUGCCUUUAUCGUCCAGUUCAGCUCCUGCUGUGCGUCCUGCUGUGGCGGCCACAAGGCACGCAAGCAGCUCAAGGCGCAGGGAAUUGAUUGGCGGGAGAUGGAGAAGACUUCGGGUCACUCGAGUGGACGACAAACCCCCGCCGAGCGCGAGCGUCAGCAUGUCGAGCCCCAUGCUGUGACCACGGACUAA